AGAUUAUGGAAUGCUGUGAUGUCAUCAGCCUAGUCAUACACACAAAGACAAGGAGGACCCACAGGCGCUCUGACUCUCUCAGCUUAGUUAGCAUACACUGCUGUGGAGCGGCUCUCUACAUCCCACUAUUGUUCCAAUUAUGAACUCCAAAGACAAAACAAACUGACAUCUUAGUAGGGUGGGGAAGCUGUCAGUACAACGCAGAAAGGAAACAGGAUUUUGUCUGUGUGUGUGUGUGUGUGUGUGUGUGUGUGUGUGUGUGUGUUGUUGUACAGUACAGAUUGUACUGUACACAGGCGUGUGAAGAUGAGCAUGCACCUUGAUUCAUGAAGAAGAGUUUACACGUGUAAAUAAGAGUUACUCUGGGACCUGAAGCCAUGGACGCCAUCUUGUGAUGACAUGACACUGUAGACCAACACUGUCCACCUCAAGAAGCUGCUGGCCGAGCCAAAGGACAGCGCCUCCACCCUCCCUCCAACUGCUCGGCUAAGUGGUACCAGGUUGACGCCACCUUUCGGGCCGCUAUCAUGCUGCAGCAGAUUUUAAAGGACAUGUACAUCGACCCCGAUGUGCUGAACGCCCUCAAUGAAGACCAGAAAAAGACUCUGUUCCUGAAAAUGCGCCAGGAGCAGGUACGGCGCUGGAAGGAGCGUGAGGAGAAACAGGAGAGAGAAGGUGGAGGUGCUGAGUGCAAGCGAACAAAGCCAAAAAAAGCCAACAGUAAGAAUGUGAGCUGGCAGCUUGGGCGGGAUGGAGAUGUGGCGGUCAUUGUCAUCGGGGAGGUGGAUGAGCUGAGCUCCAAAUUCAUCUGCUCAGGAUUUGGAGAAAAGAAGACGCCGAGUCUUCAGAACAAUGCGUACCAUCGGACUAUUCUGAAGAACAGAAAAACCACAGAACCUGUCAAAGCUGAGCUAGAGAACUUCCCUCCAAAAACAGAACCUGGGAUCUCACUGAGUUUAAAGGGGAAAUGCGAGGAGGAGACGAGCACUUUACUCCCUCUGCCGGUGUCAGUGAGAGAGUGUUCAUCACCUCCAGCAGCAGCAGAAAAGCCCGAGCCGAAGUCAGCCAGUGCGAGCGAGGAGAAGUCGUUUCCCCAACCCUCCAUCUGCUCCAGGCCUCCCAUGAGAGUUAGCCCUGUCAAUGUGAGACCAGCUUCUGCAAAUCCAGCACCAGGCUCUGUCAACACAAGACCCGGCCUUGCAAAUCUGAGGUUGGCCACCGCCUCGCCAUCAGCGUCCCCCAGCAGCACUGUCAAAAUAGACUCUGGAACAAGAUUAUCCACCAAAGUUGGCCUGUGUGCACAGGAACCUCAAAAAUCCCAGGAAACACAGGGUGGGAAAGAAACUGGUGCAUCAGAAGCAUCUCAAAGAGCUGCAUCAGAGGAGGCCAGGUCUUCAGGAAGCGCACCAAUCUGCACAGGGCGUGGCCGUGUGGCUCAGCUGAUGAAAACCUUCAGCACCGAAAGCACUACAACCCCCACGCAGCCCCCUCGUGGCAUCAAGCCCCCUCUGCCCAACAAGCCUGGCCAUUUGCGUCUAAUAAGCACACCUACUGUCAGGUAAUCCUCACACACUGAUGCACAGAUACCCACGCAGCUUCACGCAUUCCCACGAGUCAAAUAAAGCCACAACCGGACAAUGUCGCCUGACAAUGUCACUUCAUGUGGUAGCCUCAGUCAACGGGCUACCAGGAUGGAGGACUGCAAAGGUGGAUCUCAGAAAUGUUCACAAUGUUGCUUUUAUUCCCAAAGCACAGCAAUGGAAAUGCUUGAAUGUAUUAAAUGAUUUCCUUUUAUUUUUGGAUGCUGCAGUACUGUAACCACUUUCAGAUUCCAAAGCAGUUGAUUGCAAUGUAGACAUAUUUGACGGGGAAUUGAGGACUAUCACAUGUAUUCACUUGUUGAUGCUUUGUUUAACCUAAAAAAAAAAAAAAAAACACUUCUUCAAUCUAUCAUAAAGUUUUUUGUACACUCCACAAACCCUGCAAACACAAUACAGUUUACUUACCAGUGACAUUAUUUUUGUUCCUUAUGAGACAGUUUGCAUAAAUUUAUAUGCAGACACAUGUGUGGCUCAGUAUUUGUGGUUCAGGACAAAACAAUGGGCAUGGGAAGGUGUAAUGGGGUGAAAUAAGACACAGUAGGGUCCCCCUUCAUUUUGCUGUCUCCUCCAUGGGAAUAGUGUAGGGUUGUUUAUUUGUCACAAUGCAAUGUAUGUCUCCCUCUGCCACCUGGCAGGAGCCUUACUGCGACCUGUUGUGGACCAAUGACAGUGCCAAAUGCCUCGUCUGUCGCUCCCAGUGGAUCAAGUUAAGCAGUCACUGCCAAAUAAUCCAGCCCUGUGUCUCCAAUUUAUUUUUUUUCAGUACUAUUUUAGAGAUGUGUGGCUGUACUUGUGUGUUUUACUUCUUUUUUCCCCACUUUUUAUAGGGAGAAAGAUUUUGUAAUGGGAUAUUUAACAUUACUAUAACACUAACUUUUUCAUCCAUUUUUAUCUUUCAUGUCAAGCUUUGUAUGGUGCAAUCAAAGAAACAAAAUAAAAUUGUGUACAACUUGUA